UAUAUAAAGACUAUUCAUCUUUAAUGAGUACGCUAUCCACCAUUUGUCAGAAACACAUCAAACACAUAGAAGGUACCUUAUCAACAAAAUACUUAGCAUUCUGUUCCGACGAUUGUUCUUUGCUAUGCAUCAACUGCAUCCUCUACGAUGGUCACAAAGGCCAUUAGUUUCAAUCCUUAGAAGAUGUAUACCCUAUCUUCUAUUUAGAGUUUACGAUUGGAAUUGAAUAGAUUCUACUCCAUCUCUGAAAAUGUCCAAUAGAAUCAUUAGAAAGCCAUUAAACAAUUUCAAUAGUUAGCAUAGAUGAACGACCAACUAGACAUAGACUAUCAGAGACUCAACAUCGAAAUCACCAAAUUCUUCAAUUCAAUUCGUCAAUCCAUUCAAGAGCGAGAAUCUAAACUUCAAGAACAAGUAUUCUACAUCCCUACCUAUCUAUUAGUUAAAUCAGUCACUCCUCAACUAGAGGCAACAGAUCUCUCAAAACCAAUCAAAGCUCCAACUCCAAUUAUAAGAUAUUAAUGAUUAUUUGCAAGAACUAUCAGAGUUGGAUGAAAAGUCUUAGGAUCCAAUAAAAUUCCUAUAGACUACUCAAAAUAGAACUAAACUCAUCAAUAAGUUACCAAAAUCCAUAGUUACAAUCGAUUAGACAAUUAAAUUUCCUGAAUUAAAUAAAGAAUAAGAGAAUCAAAACCUUAUUAAGGUUUUAUCAAAGAAAGUUAACACUCAACAAGUCUUACCUCCUCCACCUACUUAAUAGACUGCAUCCACUCAACAAAAAAUAGUUUAAUCCAUAAAAAAACAGAGUAAUAACAAUUAGUAGUAGUAAUCAUAUAACGCUCAAUAUCAAUAAUAAUAGAAUUAAAUCCUUUAACUGUAAUCACAAUAAUAACAAUAAAAAAAAAUGAAUUAAUCAAAGAAGGUGCCAUUAUGUGAAACCAAUGGACCUUGUGCAGUGUAAAUUAAUUUAAAAAAGAAGGUUGAGGAAAAACAAAAUAAUUAAGUGAGAUUGACUAAUUUUCAGGAAGCUAGAAAUUAAAUGAAAGAGAGAAACUACGAAAAAAGUAUAGAAAGGAGGAAAGAUAGAGAUCACAGUACUCCUAGAAGAUUAUUCAAGAAUCAAUCAAAAGUUAGUUAGGAUCCCUAAUCUCCUUUUUUGAAUUAGGAUGAUUCAAAAUAAGAGAUCAAUACAUUCUUAAAUUCAAUCCAUGAUUUUGAACCUGAAUUAACCAAUGUUAGUCAUAUGUCAAUGGAUUAUCAGUAUAUCACAAUAGGUGGUUUUGUUGAUAGUUUAAAAUAAAUAGUUGAAAAAUAUGAUAUAAAAACAGAUUAUCCGAGUGAGAAGGAUUAAUUAAAAAAUAAUAGAUGUAAAUUUGGAAUUGCACAUUUAAUAAAUGGGAAUGUUCUAUUGAUGGGAGGCAAAGUCGAUGGAGUCCGUAUUGAUACUUGUGAGGAAUAUAAUUAUAAGGAUAAAAAGGUUAUUCCAUCAAAAAUCAAGUUGCCAUCAUCAAGAAGUGGAUUUGGAACUUUGAAUGUGAACCAAUUUAUUUAUGUGAUUGGUGGGAAUGAUGGUUAAGGUAAUUAACAUAAUCAAUGGUUUUAGAGAAUUUAAAGGAGUUCGAUUGCUUUAAUUAGAUUGACAAUAAUUGGAUUAAAUUCCCAUCUAUGAUUGAAGCCAGAGAUGAGUUGGCUGUUUGCAUGUAUGAAAAUGCCAUCUUUGCCAUAGGAGGAUUCGGUGGUUAAUGUAAUAGUAUUUCAUCAUUCAUUUUAGUCAACACUUGUCUUAAAACCGUCGAGGUGUUUACUUCAGGUAAAUGGGGUCAUUGUGCUCCAUUGAAUAUACCAAGAAGAGCAUUGGCAGGUGUUUCAUUACCUGAUGGUAUCUAUGCUAUAGGGGGGUUUGAUGGUACAUAAUAUUUGAAUAGUGUCGAAAAGUAUGAGGAUGGUCGAUGGACCUUAAUAGAGUCUAUGAUUCAUCCGAGAUGCACAUUGUCAGCUUUGGCAACUCCUGAUAAUUAAUACAUUUAUGUAUUUGGAGGGUUUGAUAAUGGUCCUCUGGAUUCUGUUGAAAAGUAAGAUUCGAAUGUAUAUUUUGUAGAUAUUCAGUGUUGAGUGGAAAUUGGGAAGAAAUAAAUUCAUUGAUGGCCAAGAGAUUUAUGCAUUAAACUUUUAUUACACUCGUAUGA